GGCUCGCCAUCCUGGCAUCGUCGGCGCAGACAGCGCCGCUCCUCAGCCCGUGCUGCUCUGCGGUCUGGUUUUUAGACUGGCCCUGCAUCACGCCUCGGCCCCGUCUUUGGUGGGGGCCCUUGGUAUGGGAAGAGGGAAGAACAAGGCCCAGAACCGACAGCCGACAUGGGACGUGCGGGACACUCCGGGUCAGCCUUCCUGGCGCUUGUGGUCUGGUGCGCGCUCUCCGCAGCAGCGUCAGCAGGACCGAGUUCCGCCGUGGCAGCGCUCGCAGAUGCCGAGGAGUUCCGAACAGGGCUAUGCUUCUGUCGCGGUUGCGGAACACGGCAAGAAUACUCCCGGGACGGGAGACGACGAUGCCGAGCGCCUGGUUCCUACUAUGCAGCACAUCUUGAACGACGCCCGCAAGGCCGAGAAUCGGGUGAAGAAGCUGCAGGCGGCCCUCAAGGAGUGUGUCGCGAAGUGGGAUAUCUACGAGGCCGAGAGAAAGCGUAUCUUCCAGCUCGAGCGCAGCAAGUUCCUCAAAGACCAUGCCCGCCUCGAGAGAGAGAUCGAGGAGGCUACUGCUGCUCAGGCAAAGGCUCGGGAAGUCCUAUGCCGUGCGGCCACUGGUAUGGUGGUGCCGCCCGAGGAGCCGGAGGAUGCAGAGGCAGGACUGCCCUCCGUCGACGAGGUCUUCAGUGGCUGGGCUGCCGAGGAGACACAGGACGACGACGCAGUUCUCCGCCGUGCAAUGGCUGGUGCUCUUCUGCCUGCUGCCCCGGCUGUCACGCCCGUCCGCUCUACUCGAGCUCCCCCGCGUACCCCAGUGGCUUCUGUUCGACGGGCGCUACCAGAAGACAUGCGGGUCGAUCAUACAGGUGCCGCGCCCGACGAGGCUGUGCUCCCGAUGGACCCCUAUCUUUGCGGGUCACACCCCUCUCCGCCUGGAUUGGGAGGUGGCAACGGUGGAGGCCUGGCCACCGCUUCCCCUGGCCCUGGUUCUGGACAAGGCCCGCGACAUCCGGGGCAGCGAGAUUUGGGUCUGGCGAGGGUUCCUACGUCCACGGCCCCGCCCAGAGCUGGUGUGAAAGAUGCUACAAAGGAGGCCGCCAAGGUCCGUCAGCCGUCUUCGAAGCCCUUGGCGGAGCGUUUGGAGGCUCGACGCCAGGAGCUCACGGCCAAGACGCCCUUUGGGCUUGGAUUGGCGGGAUCCAUGGGGAUUAUGCCUUCGCCCCUCCCGGAGCAGGCCGAACCGGCCCAGAUGAACAAGGGCGUGCCGGUCUCCUCCCUGCUGAACGACGACGACCCCGACGAGAGCGAGGAGACGGAUAUGGAGUCGAAGUGCGGCGUACCCUGCCGAGCACACUGCAUGACCGGCCUUGGACUCCUCCCUGAACGCCUUCUCCGAUGUGUUAGGCAAGAGCCUCUGAAGUGCUGUGGGCUGUACCGGGAGACUGAUCGCCUUGGGAGGCCUGAGUAUUGUGGGUUGACGCCGUCAUCCCCCUUUCUCGCGCUCCACCCCGGGCAAGAUCCUUCUUCCAGGAGAGUCCAUAGCACCUUUCCGGGGCUCUUGCGGUCUCACACCUUUCUAGAGAGGACGUUAGGUCGCGCUCAGCCCGUCCCCCCUUUCGCCCUCCUUGCCGGUGCUCUUUGUUUUGGCGAGCACCCUCCUUCAUCGGCGGCCUUGGCUUCUCCUUGGGUUCUGGAGGAGUUUUGGGCCUGCCAUGGCUAUUCCCAGUGCCUUCCCUCCUUUCUUGCGAGGGCGUCUCUGCUGGAUUUGCGGUUUCGGCGGUCUUCCGCCCUGUCUCCCCGUCUCCUGUGCUUUGUGACGUGGGAUGAUAUGUUCUGCCGCCCCGUUGGUCGCCUGCCGUCCCAGUUUUGUAGUGCUAGGCCCCGGGCGCGAGUUGCGGACAGUUUUGACACCCGUAGUCGCCAAGCGCGAAACACCUGCAUCGGUCGCUCUGGGGCAGGGGCUGGCGUCUAUGGGUUGUUGUCCUUCGGCCUCCACAUUUUGGUUAGUACUGUGGAGUCCUGUGACUGCUGCUGUCGCCUUGUGGCUACGUCGCCACCGACGGCUUGUUCGGACUGGGUGCUGUGGAUGCUGUAUGCCCUUUCCGGUUUUGUUGUUCCUUUGGGUCGGGCUCUCUGUGGCAUUCUGUGCCUUUCCGUCUUCCGCUUGUGGGUUUCACCCUUGGCGGAUCGGCGCUCGCCAUUGGGACGCCUGGUGUGCAUGCCUUGUGCAGGCCUUCCUCCUGCGACCGUUGUUUGCCUCCAGGUGGCCGCUCCUGAGUCCUGUGGGCUCCCGUGGGAUGCUUGGCGUGAUCGUAAGGGCCGUGCAUGGGGCCAACAAAGGGGCCACCGUAGCAGGCCUCCCCGGCACCCUGCGGGUCCCUUCGGUCUCGUGUCUUCACUGCUUGGGCUCCUUAGUUUGCCGGUGUGUGUUCACGGUUCGGUUUCUGACGAGUGGACUUCGGCUCUAGCGGCGGCCAGGCGUUUUGCGGACCUCGUGCCAGAUCACCUUACUGUUGGUGCACAUCAGGCCGGCGCUGCCACCGGUGGAGAGGAGGAGCGUCCUGUGCCUCGGCGCUGCCUCUUCCAGGUUAUGUGCCCUAUGUACCAUGAUGAGUACGUGGCUGUGGCCUUGCGUGUUCCAGACGUAAUGUGUUCGGAAGCCUUGUCUGAGGUUCAACAGGCUUUGUCUACGCUGCAGCUUGAGUACGCUACAGUGGUUUCACCCACUGUCCCUCAGCUUGCAGCGGACUACGCCUCGCUUGUUCUUGGGGGUCCUUGGCUGCGCGAACACGGCACUUGUGUUGUGGUCUUCGAUUUCAGGCGACUGGAUGGCCCAGUUUACGCCAAGCACAUUUGCUUCAUGGCUUGUCUUUAUGACUUGUCCCUCGAAGCCCGUCGGUGCGGGUAUGCUGACUUUGCCGUGUUUGUUGCUGGCUCCUCGGAGCCCCUUGUCGAUGGGCCUCCUUCUGAGUUCUGUCAGGGAUGGGUUGUUCAGUUUGUGCGUCCUGGGGACACGCCCAUCUGGCAUCACCGCCUGGAGACACGCUUGUCGGAUGUUGGGGCAUGGUCUGCUGCCUCUCUCCCUGACUCACCCCCACUGCUUCCUUCCCUCCUCCUUGGAAGGGGUCAUGCGUGCUUGAAUUGGGGUAUCUCGGAUACGGAUUGGCCCAUUCAGGCUGACGUGUUUGCCCUGUUCGGGCGAGAUGUCCCGAGGUUUGCUUGUGCCCGCCCUCGGUGCGAUGCGCUGAAGGACGUUAGUUGGAAAGGCACCGCCUGCCAGGGAGCAGUGGGCGUUCUCGACUUUCGACUACCAGCACGUGAAGGUGGCUUUGGUUUCUUUGUGUUCCUCGACCCCCGGCAGGUCGGACAGGAGCCCACAAUGGUAUGGCUGCCUGGCGAAGAGGUCUCGAUUGGGUAUUUAGCGCGCUCUGCGGGGAUUCAUCGUUUGCCCAAUGGUUUUGAGCUCGCGGCGGCCUCCCUUACCCCUGCUGAAACAGAGAACUGCAUUGUUGUUCGCUCCGGGGAUACUGUGGUCUUCGGUUUCGAGCGCCAGAUACCCUCUGACAACGUUGCAGACCCGGGCCCUGACCCUAGGACACCGAGAGUAAGUGUGCUGCAAGGCUCUUCCGACGCGCUCCCGGCGUCUUCUGGGCCCCCCUUUGUUCCUGAGGCUGCCCUGGAUGCGGGGUCUCCUCGUGCUGUCAGCCGCUCGCCUCGGCGACGUGUUGUGGCGGACACACCCGCUGAUGCGGCCCCGGUUGCACUAAAGCUCUUGGCUGAGCCUGAGUCACAUAGCUUUGCGGAGCGUGACCGCGUCGAACAGGCUAGGGACUUCGUUGAGGGCGAAGGAAGGGUCUGGCCUUACCUACAGGCUGAUGACGCUUUCGCGCUACAGCGGGCGGCCGAGCGGGUUCGCACUGAUAGUGAGUCCGACUUUGGUGCCGGGGACGCGGACUUGGCGUUCUGGCUUCUCACACCGGAGUACGUUCUCGAGACUGUGGUGGUGACGCUGACCCCCCCCACUGGCGUCCACGAAGCCCUGAUCGAAUGCGGUUCAGGAGAUGCGCGAACCGGUCCGUGCGAGGCUUUUCCCGUCCCUGUCUGUUGUGACGCAGCAACCGUUUCCGGGCACAGGGUUACUUAUUGCGCGCCCUGA